GGGAGAGGGGCAGAAAGAAAAGGGGGUGGGGAAGAAUCAAACGUACGCAUCAAUUUGUACAGUCUUCAGCUAGCUGCACCCCGUUUUCUGCGCCGAUUUCAGGGGGAGCGGCUGGGAAAACACUGCGUUAUUUGCGAAGCCGCAACAAUGUAAAUCUUUCCGUGCAUCGAGUUGCCUGUAUGUUUGAACGCGUGUAGGUCAAUGUACAGUACGAACGGCAGCAGGAGAGAGAAAGAAAGGGAGAUACGCAUCGCUGGAUAUUAUAGGUAAGAAGAGGAGAAAAUGGAUGCUUAUAUUUGACUCUUUGGCCGUGCUCAGAUGGUUCCCCCUUCCUCGCGCACCCUUCUUUGUGCUUUACUAAUGUGCAUAGAUUGGGCUGAAAUCAUAUUGCAAAUCGGGGUGCGUAACCACGCAGGUCUCGAGUGCUCACAUUCCACGGAGCUCGACAAGAAUGCCAUUCGCCAUUCUGAUCCCAAAUGUUCCUCAUAUGAGAAGGAAAAGACUGAAAGGGGGGUUACUCGCGACCCUUUCUACUCGUCUUGUCAGGAUUGAAUGUGCAGUGCAUUGUCUGAGAACUGUAAUCCAGAGGUCGUCCAGUUAGUACAGUAGAGCACUGCCUCUGCAUGCGUAUCAAUAACAAGCAGCAGAAGAAUGGAAGAAAGGAACGUUGCGGUGCGUGGCCGAGCGAUGAUGCACGUUCGGGUGUCUAACUCACCCCACCUUUUGGCAUUGUGCUUUUACGUGCUAAAGAAUUCGAAAUCUAAGCUAAUUCCAACUAUAUUUGUGUAUUUGUGUAUGAGAGGGGGACAGAGUGUAUGAUUUGUGUUGUGUAUGUGUGUGGCAAGCCAUUUUAACAUUUAUUCCUUAAAACUAACGAGUACUCUUUAUAUUAGGCUACUAGUACUUUUUAAAUUGGCGUUCCUAGUAUGUAAUCCAGUGGUUGCAAACAGUAGGCCUAUUUUUCAGUUUUAUUAGUACUAUGCACUAGUAAUUAUCCAUUAAAUACUAGUAUCCCAGCAGUGACAAGUAACUAUUCCAUUGUUACUGGUAACAAAUUGCAUUUUUUUUCACCAUUGAUUUAUUUGGAUAUUCUGUGCAUAGCUCUUCACUUGUAUUGUGAUGUGUGCAUUGCAGUUGUUGCUGUUACCUAUUUCAGUUUUACUAGUAACUAUUCAUUAGGUACCAGUAAGUAUUUCAAAUAAUUCAUAAUAUUCAAAUAGUUAUUAGCACUUAAUUCUAUUUUUCUAGUACUACCUGAAUAGAAACCAGUAUAUUAGAUGCUGGUCUAUAAUCCGUUUAUUAAUUGUAGGAUUUUUAAAUUAAACUGUGAUGUAGCCAUUGUUACUGACCAAUACUGACAAAUACAAAAACAGUUGUAACUAGUGUAAUAAGAAAUUGGACUAGAUUCUAUUACUAGUAUCUUACUAGUAUUACUCCUUGUAAUACUUAUACUAGUAUUUACUUAUAUAUGCUUACAUAUACUUAUAUUAAUACUAGUUUCUUAUAAAUGGGUACUAGUAAAACUGAAACCAAGCAAAUAUUCGAAUAGGUACUAAUAGAUACAACCGGUAUAUGUAUUAGUCAGAAGUGAAUAGUUGAUACCCAAACUACAGUUCCUUACAGGAUUAAAUGACAAAAAUGUGCAAUUUGUUAUCAGUAACAACAAAGACUAACUUGUACCAGUGACUGUACAAUUUGUGUUGUGAAGAACAAUAAUAGUAUCUAAUGAUUAGUUACUAAACUGAAAAAGAUACUAGUCUCUAAUAAUUAUUAAUAUAUAACAAAUAAGUACUAGUAACAUAGAAAUAGAUACUUGUUCGGUAUAAAGAAUAAAUGUUUAAACUGCUUGCCAUAUGAUGUGUGCCUGUAUGUAUACUGUAUUGUAAUGAAGGUAUUUCUGAUUCCAUAGCUGCAUGUGUUUGCAGAGAGAGAGUGGAAGGAUUUUUGGUAUGCAUGGAGCCUGGCCAAGGUUUUGGUAAUGGACUCCUGAUGAAUGAAGGUUCACCUGUAGACAGAGUGCUGGCAGCCUUUAUUGUUUGUCAUUUGGAUAUAUUACCUUGUGCACACCGUAAUUCGAUCACAAAUAUGCUGAUUUUACAUUUAUGGGAUAUGUACAAGAUGCAGUCUUUGUGUGUUUGGCACUAGAAAUAAUUCUUGUUUUACAAAUGAGUAUUUUGUUAAUUGUGGUCAUGAUGGAGUAGCCAGAGUAUUCAUUGUGUUGGUUGUCAGCAGCCUGUAAAUCUGUUUAUAUGUAAUAUUUAUCAGCACUGUGGUUUUUCUCUUGUGUCCAGUGGUUUGGGUGUAGAUGUACAUUUUGCAGUUUUGAAGGCGGUGCUAAAUACACUCACUCACUUCACUCAGUCUGUUAGUGUGCUAUAUAUAGUCUCAUUCACAAUAAAUGAAGUGUGUGUGUGUGUGUGUGUGUGUGUGUGUGUGUGAGACUGGAGUGACUUAGUUAACCUCCUACCCACACUAUGUAUCUUUUUGUCUCCAUCUAAUUAUUUAUCAUCCUUCUCUCUCUCUCAAACAAGUGGGAGUUUGUCAGCUGGCUUUUCUCAUGAAGAUAUGUAGUGUCUCUCAUGGUUUAGUUUAGAAUGUGGGUCAUGUGUUCAAAAGGCCAAAGUGCCUCAGAAUUUGAAAAAUGUGAUUCACUACAACUAUGAUGAGGUUAACGUUACUGUAUGUCAGUGGAUUAUUGCAUUGUUGCUAAGCGAUUGUGUUUGAAUUAGCCCAAUAUUGUCAGACAAUAAUUGAAAUAUUAUUCAAGAAAAAUAUCUGUCCUUAAAAUUAAAAAUACAUUGCUGUCAGUGAGGCAGGCUAGAAACAAGCGUAGGAAAUAAUAAGCAGGAGAGAAAGAUGGGGAAAAAACUGUAUAUCUGAAAAAAUUCCAGUCAAAAUAUCCUCCCUGACAGUGGUAAGAAUUUCUGAGAAAAUCAAGAUAGUUUCUGUCACAUUAAAAAGUGUUUGAAUUAAUUUUUAACACUUGAAAUGUAAAUGGAAACUUUUUUCUUAUUUUUACAACAUAAAGCAUGUAUUUGUGAGUAUUUAUGUACAUACAUAAGUGUGUUUGAAUAUUAUUAAGUAUGUAUUUUUGUGCAUGUUGUAUUUAGAGAUGUGUGUAUGUUGAUCUUUCGGUGUAAGCAGUGCCUCUCCCUAUGCUGGCUGCAGUGGAGGGUUUUUUUGCAGAGCUCCAUUCAACAUUGAUGACUAAAGCACAGCUUCAGAGUACCACAAACCCUCUGAAGUACCAUACAGUCCACACAAAAAUAGUUUUCUUGUACAGCAUUACUGUUCCCCAACACUGUUACUGCAAACAGAAGAUUGUUUUAGUGUCUAAACUGUUGACAUUUUGUUGAUUACACAAUUGAUCAAUUGAUCAUUGAUUAUGAUAGAUAUUACAAAGAACAUUAUAUUAUCAUUUUUCACUUACAGUGGACCAAUGUCAUCACUUCUUCAUAUUACUUGAGAAGGAAAUUAAAUUUACCUUUUCCUGGUAGCAUUGAUAGAUUUAUUAAGUAUCUUAUAACAAACAGACAGACAUGUAUGGUAUAUAAUAUAAUAUAUAAUAUAGCCUAAGUUUAAUUUGACUCCAGUGGUAUUCACUCUGUUCCCUCCAGGUUUAAAGAUUUAAUGCUAUGAUAGGCAGCCUGUAGGCCAACCGUCCUGAUUGUAGUCACGCUCCCGCUUUCUAUAAUGGCUGACUGGAAGGAAUGGACCACAUAGAGAGCUAGUCAUGAAGACCCGAACCAACAAAGAAUCGGUGAGGGCAUUACUGCAUACUGAGAUCAGCAUAAAAGAUGCCCGCUCGCAGUGGACGCAGAAGGGGGGGCAGCGAGGAAAGGAGGGGUAGACGUCCGCACCCCAGCCCCUCCCGAGCAGAGCGCAAUGAAAGGCAAACACAAAGAACUGCCGGAGAGGAAUUGGCUGUUGGACGUUUCAGCCGGCGAUCUCAAGGCCAUGAUUCAUCAGAAAGUGAAGGGGAGGAGCAUGUGCCACCACCCAAAAGACAGAAAGUCCAGGACUCCUCCAAUCCCCCAGCCCCACCCCUUUCAACUAACACUCCGACUUCAGCUCCACCUCCAACGUCAGGCAACAGUCAAUCAAGAGAAAGUGACAAUGAGGAUGGCCAAUCACAAGGCAGUCGGAGCUCAGUUGGAGGCAGCUUAGCCAACAGUAGCAGCAGCAUAAGCAGUGGACGGGACAUUGACCAGGACAAUCGAUCCUCUUCUCCGAGUCUCUCUGCUUCCCCCUUGGCCAGUUUGGAUUCUGAAUCUGACUCUCCAGAUUCCCCAAAGCAGGGUGAUAAAAACAAAGAUGGAGGGACAUCAAAAUGUGUAGCGGAAGAUCGGAGAGGCUCAGGGAGAGGUGAGGAUAGCAGACCAGAGGACCAGAGAGACAGUGAGGGAGGAAUGGAGGGAGAUUUGUCUUUGUUAAAGUCCUCAUCAUCCCUAUAUGCAUCUCAUCGUGGAAUGGUGGACAACGCAAGUGAUGCAAGCAGCAACAGGAAGUCAUACUUCCCCCUAGAUUCCAAACUUGCAAACAAAGUGGAGUACACAGGUCCUGGUGGUCCCGAAACGCUACACACCUGCAGUCGCAUCCCUUCUAAAGCAAGCACUCAGUGUGGGAAACCUGGGGUGGGAGGAGCUGAGUAUUCCCAUGGGAAUUCAAAUGUGAGCCAUGGACCAACACUCCCACCUCCACCUGCCCUGAAACCUCUAGAGGUGGGGCAGAAUGCUCCAGGUGGGGAAAGUAAAGCAGACAAACCAGAGAAAGGUGAUAAGUCUGUUCCACCCUCCUUGCUUCCACAAACUAGUACCGUUCCCCAGCAACCUCCUCCUCCCAACACUCACCAUUACACCCCCACCAGCUGGUCAGGGGGACCUCCCUCUAGUUGUCCUGGCAACUGGGGAUAUGUACGUUAUCCAGGUAACCACCACACACAUCCAAGCCAGCAGCCUCCAGUACAGCAACAGCUGCCCUCUGUGUACAAUUCUCCUUCUUCCACCCGACACUCCUCCCACCCACCUUACCUAUCUCACCCUCAUCCCCACCCACACAAAGAGUUCUUGCCCAGGUAUAGCACUGCAGCUGAGCGGGAGAGGGGUGGGAGGGAAUUUGGCAACAGAGACUUCCCUGCCAGUAAUAGCAGUAGCAAUGCAAACAGCAACAGCGGUAGCAUCUGUGGUAGCACUUCUGGUGGUGGAGGACCCAACUCUAAUGUGGGCCGGGAUUUUGGGAAUUCGCUACCUGGACAGAACAGAGAAUAUAGUGCAAACCGGGAUGGACCUGCAGGACCACAGAGUGGUCGGGAAUAUGGACCAGGGUUUAGAGAUCGGGAUCGAGGAACUGGGAGGGAAUUUCCUUUGCAAAACCAGCAGCUUCAAGCACAGGGCCGAGAGUUCGGAACUGAAAGCAGUGGAGGGGGUGGAUGUCAUCCAAGAGACAAGGACAGUAGGUGGGGGGAUUUAGCAGGCCAAGUUAGGGAGGCAGGGAGUAACAGUUAUGCUGGUAAUGCCAACCAAGCACCUGUAGGUGGCCCACCGUCUGCUUUACCUUCGGCGACCCUGGUGAACCGUGACCCAGUCAGUUCACCACAAAACAGCUCUGGUCAUCCUCCCUUUUCCUCUGCAAAUUCCAUCCCCACAAAUAGAGAAUAUUCCUCUCCAAUAGAUGCAAAUGUGCAGCAGACACUACAAGGACAGACCCCCCAAGCACCCUCCAAUACUGCAGACCUUCCUCCUCCUCCACACUAUUUAAGAGAGUACCCUGCUCCAGGGUCAAAGGAUCCCUACCCACCCCCUGGAUCAACCUCUUCUUCUGUCCCACUUUCUGGUGUGCCAAGGGAGUUCCCAAGCCCACCUGGACUGGCCCCAAAUCUUACUCGGGAGUAUCCUGGAGGACCUCCACUUCCACAUCAUCCUCACUAUCCGGGGCAGACAGCCUUGCCUAUGCAGCACAGAGACAGAGAGAGGGAAAAGGACAGCACUACAUCUGCUCUUCAUUCAAAUCGCAAUCACCCUCCAUCCCUUUCUCCUUCAUCGAGUGGUUCUGGACCUGGUCAUCCCACCUCUACUUCUUAUCCCCCUCCACCUCCUCCACCCUCCACUAGUUCACAUUGUCAGCCCCCAUCCAUUACAUCCCUUCCAGGCAAUCAUGCUCGACAGGGCCCAUAUUCUUCAUCCAAUCAGACUCCACCAACCCCGCUCUCUCCUCUUCCCAGUCCCUCAACCAAUCCUAUGGGAGGGUUUAGUCCUUUUCCAUCAACCUCUGCUCCUUCUGUACCACUUCCUGCAUCGGGUGUGUCCACCUCUUGUCCAUCAGGUUGCAGGCCUACUCCUUACCAUGGCACUUCAAGCAGUCAUACUCCUUUCAGUAGCUCUUACCAUGGCAACGGUAACCAUGGAAAUAGCAAUGCCAGUGGCAAUGCUCCCAACAACAGCAAUAGCACUAGCACUCCAUCAUUACUGCACUCCCCUCAAAACACUAAAGUACAACCGCAUCUUAGUAACCCCAGUCAUAACAACACUGCUUCAACCCCCAGCACAUCUGUUGGAGUAGAUGGUCACUCUGAUUCAUCUUCUGGCCCAGUGCCACCACCUGUCAUCAAGGAGGAGCCAGUAGAGGAGAGGGAGGAGUUGGAGAGCCCUCCUCCAGUUCUCCAAAGUCCUUCCCCAGAACCAAAACCUGUUGACAUUCCAAUUCAUGCCAGCCAAUCAGCUCGGUUCCACAGGGUUCUUGACCGGGGUAGCGGGAACUCUUGUGCCCGCAGUGAUGUUCUGUUUGUUCCGCUUGAUGGUUCUAAGCUUUGGAAAAAGAGAAAUGAGGCCAUAGAACGUGCUCGUAGAGAGGUCGAACAGCGAGCAAGAGACCUGCGAGAGAAAGAGCGGGAACGAGAGAGAGAAAAGGAGAGAGAGAGAGACCUGGACAGACAUCUUCAGCAGAAGGACAGUAGCACAAGUGCAGGAUUAGGAGCUACAGCCACACGCCAGGGCUCUUCGCUCUUCUUUCCCUCUUCAUCCUCCAUCCUUCUAGACCCUUCGUCAUCUUCCUCAUCCUCUGUGAACCCCUCACACCCAGCAGCCCAUCCACAGCACCACCAUGCCCACUAUGCCUCACACCCCCACGCCAUUCACCCCUCUCAUCCUCUGCAUCCCUCUCUUUCUCAUUCCAUUCCUCAUUCUCUUCUCCUUCCUUCCAUGGCAGGGGGCUCUCCAGUUGUUGGAGGCCCUCAGGGUGCUCUUGGCAUUGGGCUUGGGGGUCCAUACUUGGGGCCUGAUACCCCAGCCCUCAGAACCCUGAGUGAGUAUGCCCGUCCUCACGCCAUGUCUCCACUGGGCGCUGCCAGUCGCGCACAGGUACACCAUCCCCACCUUCACCACCACCCUCACCCGCAUGCACAUGCACAUGCACAUGCACAUGCGCAUGCGCAUGCACAUGCACAUGCACAUGCUCAUGCUCAUGCUCAUGCUAACACUCACCCCCAUGUGCAUCCUUCAUUUUUCCUGUCUCAAUUCCAAAACCCAGCUCUCGCACACCCUCACCACCUUCCAGCCGACGCUGCCACGGCUGCUGCCAUUCUGGGCUUUUUGUAUGGGGGUGGGCUGGAGGGAGGCCCCGCCCAUCCAGGGCAUGGUCCCGGACCUGGUGGGUUGGCUGGGGCGGGGCUUGGAGGAGUGGGAUUCCCUCAUGCUGUAGCAGCUCAAAGAGAGCGCGUGAAGCCAGGAUUUGAGUUUAAGAGCGAGGAGCGUGUCUACACAGCUGGAGCCUUAGCCGACCCGGCAAUAGCUUUGUCACACGCACACUCGCACGCACACUCACACUCCUUGCUGCUGGGGGGCGGAGCUGGAGGCGGAGCUCCUGGUAGUGAGGUUGCCCUUUAUGGUACAACUCCACCCCCUGCACCGCCCCCUCAAGCUUUAGCCGCAGCAGCUAGGAAUCCAAAUCCUGUCCCUCCACCUCUGUCAGUCCCACCCACCUCUUCUAUUCUCCCAGCCACACUCCCCACCCACCAGGCUCCAGCCGGAGCCCCAGUGACACCAGCAGCCCCCGCCCCUCCUCCUCAACCUCCUCCCCCACCACCUCCUCCUCCUCCAACAGCCUCAUCUCUUCAUCACCCCUCUCCACAUUCUACCUUUCCAAAUACACACUCUUCUUGUCAGCCCCCACCCCUCCCAACUCAGGCUACGCCCUCUGAACGAUAUCCCACACCCGUUCGCACUCCUCCCAGCACCGAACGUGCAAGGAGCGUGGAGAGGGAAAGGGAGAGAGUGAUGCCUGCCACAGAGAGGGAGCGAGAGAGGGAUAGGGAAAGGGCAGGGACAGGUGGAGGAGCAGCAGGAGGAGGCACAGCGGCUGCAGGAGGCACAGGAGGAGGAGAUUCUCUCGGGCGGCUACAGAUGCUGAACGUGACUCCUCAUCAUCACCAGCAUUCACAUAUUCACUCUCACCUACAUCUGCACCAGCAGGACACAGCCGCGGGAGGGGUACACCCCCUGAUGGAUCCGCUGGCAUCAGGGUCUCCCCUGGCCCGUCUGCCGUACCCAGGGGCUGCUCUUGGGCCUCCCAUCCUGGCACACUCCCUCACUGACAGCGAGGUGCUUCGACAGCAGCUCUUUGGAGGUCCUUUCCGUGAGAUGCCCCAGUCCUCGUCUCUGGGUGGAUCCAUGUCUGCAGCACACCAGCUCCAGGCGAUGCAGCAGGCUCAGAGUGCCGAGAUUCAGUUCCAGAGACUUGCCCUGGAACAGCAGUGGAUCCACCACCAUCAUCAUCACUCCCUCGCCCAGGACGAGUACUACAGCCACCUAAAGAAAGAGAGUGACAAAACGCUGUGAGGAACACAAAGGACAUGAAGACAAGAAAAUGAAGAAGGGAUGAAGUGCAAAUAAAAAAGAAACAAUCAUUUCGAAAUUCAGCACUGAAUAACAACAAAUCUGUAUAGAGCUUUGGAUGUGACAUCAGAACACAUAUCAUUCAAUUUGAACUAACUUAAAUACAGGUGCAACAAACAAUGUGUAUAUUUCAAAAAAGGUGAGAUUUAUAACUCUGGCACACACUGUGGCACUGAAUGGUUAUUCCCAAACGUCCCAGAGGAUUCCUCAUUGUGUUAUUUCAAACACCAGGCAGAGGAGCUUAGGCCGUGGAUUAGUCUAUGUACACAACAUUAUGCCAGAGAGAAUGUCUAAGAAUCAAGUUCACUUUUAUGUCUUUGCAUGUAGCUAGAUACUAAAAGCCCAAUGGGCUAAAACUCUUGAUCUGUUUUAAUUUUUUCUUGUUUGUUUGUUUUUGGAAGACUUUACCACUCUGAAAGAGUGUUUAUGAAAGGGUGCAUGAGAUGAACAGCUUACCUUCAUAAUGUUUCUUUAUCGUGUUCUUAUUCAAAUUAUUAAUGUUGUUUGUUUGUUAAUAAUUAUAUGAUUAUAUAAACAUUAUUUUUUAUUAUUUUUUUACAUUUUCAUGGUACCGCUGUUAAUUUUUUUAUUUUUUAUGUUGAAUUUACCUUGUGGGAAAAAUGCAAGAUAAAAAAAUAAUGAAAAAGAAAAAUCUGGAAAUAAAAUACCAUUUUUUUCUUUGUAUGUGCAGUUUACUAUUUUCUACUGUGUGCUUGUGUGAGUCAUGUAUGUAUAACAGUCAAAGUGACCACAAAAAUGAUUUAAACUUGAUUUAACCGGUUAUUCAUAAUGAAAACGGUAUUUUACCUCUUCCAGAACUGAAACUGUGACACCUGACAUGGAAAGUAUCACUUUGUGGGGAGUUGCACACUUUGAACACAAGCCACAGAGAGUCAAGACCCUGUAUUAAAAGAACAGGCCUUUUCCACACACACACACACACACACAGAGAGAGAGAGAGAGAGAGUAUCCAAAGAAUAUUGCAUCCCUUAGGACACUUUUGUCUUUCUCUCUUCUCUUUCUUUUGCUGUAUACACAUAAGGAAUUGCAUAAGUGUGGCUAAUAAGAGACACAUGCAGCAAGCAUGAGACAGAAUCAUAUCGCUGCAGUGAGCUGCAGUCAGUGUGGGAGGAAAAGAAUGUAAGGCUGUACAGAGAAGAGGAAUAGACAAAAUAAAAGAGAGAGAAAAGGAAUGCGUUUUAUAGUUGUUCAGCUUUAAGCUUUUUUCAGCCAUAAUUUGAAACUGUCUAGAAAUGAUAUAUUCCCAGAAAAGCAUACAAUGAUACAAAAAUGCAGUGGUCAUCUUGACAAAAUAUGGAGGUUCUUUUACAGAGUCCCUGCAAUUCUCCUAGGAUGCUCAAACUCAGGUGAUUUUGUAGUACUAUAAUUUUAAAGAUGAAGACCACAAUAGUGUUGGCUAAACUGGCAAGGUUAUUUACAAAUUUGUUAUAAAUAAAUGUUCUUCCAGUAACGUUAAUAGAACAUUCAAAGUUCUGGUCUUUAAAGGCAAACUCGGCACAGAUGUUGGUUAUUGGCACUUAUUCACAAAUUCAGUCUGCAUUUGUUGGGUCUUGGAAUCUGGUUGGUUGGCAUCUGUUGGUGCAGUGUCAAUUAAAAACGUUCUCAAAAUGUUAUUCAUACUUGGAAUGUUUUUUUUUUCUGUUUGUAGUUGGAUUCAAAAUAAUGCAUAAUUGCAAAAUUGGGAAGUUAUAUAAAGUAUGUAAAUUACGUAAAUAUCAAUAAAAUGGAAUGUUCACAUAAUAUUUUCACUAACGUCCACAAAAAGUGCUGUUAAAACAUUUAAAAAACUGGACAUUUUGAACAUUCAGAAGACAUUCGGAAAUUACAUUUUCAUAACUUAAAGGGAAUAGUAACCAAACAUUCUUGAAACAUUUUUGUUAAGCUGGUUGAGCCCUAUAAAAUAGGCUAUUUAAAGAACAAAGAAAAUCAUCAGCCUAAUAUUCAAAUGAACUCUAACCCUGUCUUUUGUGGUGUAAUGCAACAAACGGUAUGGUUAGCUUGCAGUAAAAUCAAUAGCUUUACUUUUUUUUUUUUUUUUUUAGUUGUUAGGCAGGUAAUUUGAGCAUACUCUGUUGAGAGUAUUGGAAUAGAGUUGUUCAUUGGACUUAAACGCAUCAUAUGACAUUUUUGAGCCUCAGGAAUUGUUCUGCCCUCUCUGUGAAAUGCAAACUGAAAAGUGGGUCAAUCAUUUCUAAGUCACCUUGAAUAAGUGUGCCAGAAAGCCCUACAUACAUAGAUGUAUCAUUAGAUGUUUGCACCAUGAGAAACAACCUAUUGUUCUAGUAAAGAAUUUACAGAGACCCCACCAAAUUCAAAAAGUCUCCAGUCCAGAUCAAAUCAUGUAGAGUGAAUCUAUUAAACCUUUAUGCAACGAAAAAUUUGAAUCAUCGGAGGUUCAGUUGAGAGUGAAAUGCAAAUGUGUACAUAAACAGGCAGAAAACUGUGUGACCAUGGUGAAACACACACACACACGUUUGUUUUUGUGAAAAGUGGGGACAUCCCAUAGGCGUAAUGGUUUUUAUACUGUACAAACUGUAUGUGCUAUUGCCCUACACCUAAACCUACCCCUUACAGAAAACUUUGUGCUAUUUCAGAUUUUCAAUACACUCCAUUCUGUGUGAUUUAUUAGCAUUUUGAAAAGUGGGGACAUGGGGUAAUGUCCUGAAAAGUCACCUUCUCCUUGUAAUACCCUUGUCAUUAUACAAAUUUAUGUCCUCAUUUGUCACAAAAACGCGCACGCACGCACACACACACACACACACACACACACACAAACAAAUCUCUAUAACAGUGAAGAUGUUUGAUGUGAGGCACUUUUGUCCUGAUUCAAUUCAUCCCUUGAUGCUACAUUCUAUAGUACACCAUUAGAUGGCAGCACCACCCCAUUAUGUAGAAGCAAAAGCACUUUUUUCACAUUUUUUCACCAGCAUUACGGCUCACCUGCAAAAAAAAAAAAAAAGAUU